GGCUGUGGGCGGAGCUACGGCGUCUCGCACGCGCCUAAAUACAUCAGGACUUUUACAGCAGGAUAAUACCUUGGAUUAGAGCGGAGAAGACGAUCAUACGUACAUUUAGAAAUGUAAUAUUAGAAAAAGAAAAACACUGACGCAAAUAUAAUCAAUGAAAUAACCAAUAGCGAAACAGAGUUAUGUCGCCAGUGUGUAGCCUAUGGCAAUCCGUCUCUGUAUCCUAGCAACAACCGAUGUGUUGUUCAUUAGCAUAGUUAGCGAGCUCUAGCUGCUGUUGGGCUACAUACGCGGUUUUUCAGGAUAUUUCUAUUCAAUACGGCUAUUAACUGGCUCUCUAUUUCUGCAAACAAACUGAUCUGUUAACCAAAUGGAGAACGUGCAUCUUGUCCCAGAGGAAGAGGAGGAUGAUUUGUACACUGGCUACAAUGAUUACAAUCCGACUUUUGACGGAGAGGACCUUCACAAUGAUGAGGGCUUUCAGCAGGCAGUCAGGACUAGUCAUGGCAGAAGACCACCAAUGACCGCAAAAUAUCCUGGCACUGCGAUUGGAGUGCGACCGCUUGGAACAGCUUAUGGGUUUCGGAUGCCUGUUGGCACUGCUAUGGGAAGGCCUAUGACUGGAGCUGUUCAGGAUGGUGCAGCUCGUCCCAUGACUGCUGUGCGAGCAGCAGGAUAUUCGUCAUCUAUAGCUAGAGGCUCUGUGUUUGAUCCACUGGGACAAUCAAAAGGACCGGCCCCUCCUUUAGAAACAAGGAAUGAAGACACUCCAGAGGAGAAGAUAAAGAUCCUCGAAAAGAAGGUGAAUGACUUGAUAGAGGAGAGCUGUCUCGCUCAUGCUCGUGGGGAUCUUCAGCUGUCUUUAGAGAAAGCCAAGGAGGCUGGCAGGAAGGAAAGGGCUUUGGUGAGACAGAGAGAACAAACAGGCACUGCAGACCACAUCAAUCUGGAUCUGACCUACUCCGUGUUGUUUAAUUUAGCAAACCAAUAUGCCAAUAAUGACAUGUACACCGAGGCCUUGAACACUUACCAAGUCAUUGUGAAGAACAAAAUGUUUAGUAAUGCCGGACGACUGAAAGUGAACAUGGCCAAUAUCUAUUUCAAGCAAAAGAACUACACAAAGGCAAUCAAAUUUUACCGCAUGGCUUUGGAUCAGAUUUCAAAUGCCCACAGUGCAAUGAGGAUCAAGAUCAUGCAGAACAUCGGAGUUGUGUUCAUACAUAUGGGCCAGUACUCCGAUGCCAUCACAUCCUUUGAGUACAUCAUGAGUGAGAGCCCCAACAUAAAGACAGGCUUCAAUCUCAUCCUAUGUUACUAUGCCAUUGGAGACCGUGAGAGGAUGAAAAAAGCUUUUCAGAAACUCAUUUGUGUGCCUCUUGGUACUGAUGAUGAUGACAAGUAUAUUGCUCCAAAUGAUGACCCUCAUGGAAACAUGGUGAUUGAGGCUAUAAAGAACGAUAAGCUUCACCAAAUGGAAAGGGAGAGGAAAGCACUAGCAGAAAAAUACAUUAUGACCUCAGCCAAGCUUAUCGCUCCAGCCAUUGAGUCGUCAUUUGCAGCUGGGUUUGACUGGUGUGUGGACAUGGUGAAAGGUUCACAAUACGUGGAGCUUGCCAAUGACUUGGAGAUCAAUAAAGCUAUUACAUACUUAAGACAGAGGGACUUCAGACAGGCAGUUGAGACACUAAAGAUGUUUGAGAAGAAGGACAGUCGAGUAAAAAGCGCUGCUGCCACUAAUCUUUCUUUUCUGUACUUUUUGGAAAAGGAUUAUGAUCAGGCGGACCGCUAUGCUGAACUUGCCAUGAGUGCUGACCGCUACAACCCCGCUGCCCUCGUAAACAAAGGCAACACAGAAUUUGUGAAGGAGGACUAUGAGAAAGCAGCAGAGUUUUAUAAGGAGGCUCUUCAUAAUGACUCAUCCUGCACUGAAGCUCUCUAUAACUUAGGUUUGAGCUAUAAGAGGCUGGGUAGACUGGAGGAAGCCCUGGACUGCUUCCUCAAACUGCACGCUAUCCUCAGAAACAGUGCUCAGGUCAUGUACCAGCUGGCUAAUCUAUAUGAGAUGUUGGAGGACCCUCAUCAGGCCAUUGAAUGGCUGAUGCAGCUCACAAGUGUGACCCCCACAGAUGCACAGGUGUUGGCAAAACUGGGAGACCUUUAUGAUAAUGAAGGAGACAAGUCUCAGGCCUUCCAGUACUAUUAUGAGUCAUAUAGGUAUUUUCCCUCAAACAUUAGUGUCAUUGAAUGGCUGGGAGCAUAUUACAUUGACACCCAGUUCUGUGAAAAAGCUAUUCAGUACUUUGAGAGAGCUACCCUCAUUCAACCGACACAGGUGAAGUGGCAGCUGAUGGUGGCUAGCUGUUACAGGAGAAGUGGGAAUUAUCAGAAGGCACUUGAGACCUACAAGGACAUUCAUCGGAAAUUUCCUGAAAAUGUUGAAUGUCUACGCUUCCUAGUCAGGCUGUGCACAGAUAUGGGACUAAAAGAGGUGCAGGAUUAUGCCACCAAACUCAAGAAAGUUGAAAAAAUGAAGGAGAUCAGAGAGCAGAGGGUGAGAUCUGGCAGGGACAGCAGUGCUCGAGGCCGCAGGGAAGGCAGUGCUGGCAGUGGGAGCAGCUCAAGCCCCAUCAAUACCCCUCCUCUGAGAGCCAGUGUUUCUCGCUCAGAAGCUAAGUAUAGUCCUGUGCUGGAGCAGGGCAGAGACAGUGGACAGAGCAACCAUGGCACCAGUGCAAAGGGUGAGAGAAUUAGCGCUAAACUGAAAACUCUUCCAGGGUCCAAUGAGCCAUACGAGGCCAGCACUCAGCAGGAAAUAGAUGCUUCUUAUGUUGAUCCUUUGGGGCCUCAAAUGCAGAGACCAAAAACUGCAGCAAAGAAACGCACUGAGGAAGAUGAGUUUGCUGAUGAAGAGCUGGGAGAUGACUUACUGCCUGAGUGAUGUGUGCAACAGUUAUCAAUUCAGUAGAAAAUCUGAUAUAUGUCAAGGCACUACAUUUUUCUGAACUUUAUAGUACUGUAUUUUUAGUAGUACUAAAAAUAACAGUUAUUCAUGCACAGGUAUUUUAUAUCUCAUUUCAUUAUGGUUUACUGUAAUUUUUAAUAGUCGUGCAUUUUGUGCAUAUAUAUGUAUAAUUACAUUUUGGAAAAAAUACAGCUUAUCCAAAUUAAUUUUAUUCAUUUUGUGAAUUGAUUUGUAAAGAUAUCAACGUUUGCAUGACCUGCAUAAAGUGAAGCUAAAGACAUUGUAAGAGAAAUAUUAAAGCACAGCAUAUGACUUUUUAAGA